AUGGCCAUUUUAAUUGAUGGUUUAUUCAGAGCAAAUGAUCUAGAAGACAUACACAUUUCGACAUCUGUCAUGAACUGGGUUUUCUUUGCUGUUCUCGUGUCAUUCAGUGUCCUCAUUUGGAUGAAAAUAUACUUAGUCUGCUACUUUAUCUGCCCUCUGCUGACAAUUAUCACUUUUUAUUAUUACACCUUUCAGGAUUUUACCUAAACUUUGUAAAUGCUCAAUUUCAAUUUUCUAGGUAAAUUGGAAUCUGAUAAAGCCUUUCAUAAAUGGCUAAAGAUAUUUGAAACUUUCAUUGAGGGAAUAGCUCUAAUUAGGAAUAACUACAUUUUAUAUUCAAAUCAAAACCUUCUACAUAUGCUUGAGAUUUAAACUAAUGAAGAACUGACAAACGAUCCUAAAAAUUUAAAGUUGCAGAGAAAGUUAGUUGCUACUAAGAUUAAACCUUAUUCUUAUGGAAGAGAGAAACCAAAGAACCAAGCUUCAAAUGUUUGGACUUUCCUUGCGAAAAAUGAAAAAGGUGGAACUUUUGAACUCACUUCAAGGUCAGUUCAAUAUGACGAGGAAAAUUCUAGCUCAAAGAAGUAUAUUACACUUAAUCAAGUUAAUGUGAAUGUGGCCGGUGCAAGAGAUAAACUUUUGAUAGUAAGAGAUGUUUCUCAUCUAGUAUAUCUCGAGUAGAUUAUGUAAUCAAAAUAAGACAUGUCAAAGUUCACAGAUAAGCUCAUGAAACAGAUUUAAGAAUACGCAGAACACGCCUUUAAAAAUUUAGAUAAUUUGCAGUAGAAUAUUAAACCACAGGGGAAAUAGGUGCUCUAAGAGGCUUAAAAUGAACUUAAAAAGAUGCUAUUCAGAAUUAAAGACUUUGAAUAGGUGUAUAACGUAUCUGAGAAUAAGUUUGAAUCAGAAAAGAAGCAUUUUAAUAUCAAAUAAUCAAUACAUGAAGUGAUUAAUGUAACCUAAACAGAUCUUAGGAAACGGAGUAUAGAGCUAAGCUUUUUCUAUGAUAAUGAUUUACCCACCAUUACAUUUGGAGAUGCCAUUAAAUUCAAAUAAAUCCUACUAAAUCUUUUAUUGUAAAGUAUAUCAGGUACCUAAAAAGGUAUAGUAAGGAUUAAAGCCGAGAGAUUUUACUAAGACUCUAUGCCUUUCCUUAAAGUAGAGACUGAUAAUUCAAAAUUUAAUUUUCACAAAGAAAAUAACUAAAGAAUUUGGAGAUUCACCUAGUUAUUUGAUUUCCCUAAGCUUAUUGCUGCUAAGGUAGAAAUAAAUUUGAAAAUUGCCAAAAUCCUUUGCAAUGCUCUGAAUUGGAGGAUUGAUUUUAAUGCAUUUAAAGGUAGCAAGUACUCAGUCGCGUUCCCGUUAAUAAAAAGCAAUGUCCUAUUCACUGAGAGUCUAGAAAACUUGGGAAGUUAAUUGCCUAAUUAAAAUAGAAGUUCAACACCAUAACUAGAGGAAUAGUUAGAAAAUAUCACCCCGACAGAGCUACCAAAUUUUUCCACUCCAUCUAAGAUUCGAUAUUCCAGAGAGAUCUUUAAUGAUGCUCAUUAAUUGGAACUAGCAGAGGAAGAUGUUAUAAGAGAGCACAAUGAAGAGGAAGAAGAUGAUGAAGAAUUCGAUUUAGAAGAUUCCAAUUAACUAGUAGUGGAUAAAAGGUUUUAGAGUAAUCACUCUAAAAGUAAAAGAUUUAGCCGUCAAGAAUAUUACCCUGAUCUCUAGAUAUCUGAAUAAACAAAAGUAGAAUGCUGUAAAUCAGUUUUACUCUAUAGCCUCCCAGACUUAUUUGAUUUAUUUAAAGAUUAAGUUGGUAUUAUAUGUGAUGAAGCUUAAAAGGAUGAAACAGCAAUAAAUUUGAUUAGAAAUUCCUAUGGUCCAAAGUCUAAUUGCUCUUGCAUAGGUUAUAAAUACAUUUUCUUUGAUCUAGAUGAUCCAACCAUUGAUUAGAAUGGCUUUAUUUUAAGGAUAAAUAGAUUAAUGGCUGAGUUUGACAAAUUUUCAUAGAUUAUAGGAGUUACUCUAAGAGAGACAAUCACGGCUGAGAAUAUUUGCGGGAAAUUGGCUAUAAACUUUAUACAAAGGCCUCCUUAAAUUGAUUACUUAAAAAGAAUUCUCAUUGAAGAGGAGUGA